CACUUCUCGACUUUAUUUGUAAUUAUUUUCAUAACGAGUUAUUUAUGACAAUCUCACUCUUUGUAACGUCCGUCACAUGCACGAGGAAGCAAAAGGGGAAAAUAACUCGUCUCUUUCACUCUUGUUGUAUCAACCGCAGCAGCCACCGCCGCACGUCCGAUUGCCGUCUCCGCCGUUGCCCAGUUUACGCCGUCUUCCUUGCUGCAUCGCCUUGGCCGGCGCCCAGCUCCCAUCCUGCCUGGCAGAUCGUUUUUAAUCGAAACUCAUCACGUCCGGCGAGUUCGACGAGUGUUCUGCGUCAUCCCCAACCCUUUGGGAGCAUAUUUAACAUUUGAAGCAUUCCCCAGAGCCUGUUCGGCCUCGAAUCUAGAUGCUCAAUCUGUUUCUGCUUUCGAUUUGAGAGUUUGAAAGGAUUUUUAAUGCUGUCCAGCAAGUUAUGUGAUGAAGGCGAGGUUGCAUACUUCUGUUUGUAUUUGUUUACUGUUCGGAAUUUCAUUGAUAUUCUACCCUACAUUUGGCUCUUUCCUUGAUGGCAUUUCACACUCUAGUAAGGUUGGGAGACAUAUUAUGGAAUCCUAUUAUGAAAAACACGAAAGUUUUAUUGACUCACUUUUUGAUGAUUUCCUGACACAAGAUCUUCCCGUCAACCUAUGCAAAAUUUUACCAUGCGAUCUAAAUACAGUACUAAGUCUCUCAAUUCAGUCAAGGAUCAAGGGUGACGGUUCUCACCGUCAACUUUCAUCGACCAUCAAGUUCAACAUCGGAAAAUCCCUCUCUCAGGUUCCCACACACCACUGUAAGUUUAUCAUCAUUGAACGACUACCAUCAGGAGUUUUUGUUGAUCCCUUUGAAUUGGAACAUCUUCUUCAUCGAGCUGUAUUUAGUGAUGUAGCUGUUUUUGGCGAUACAAAUUUGGAAUUGCCUUCAGUCCUCUCCAACUUCUCUGUUGUCGAGGUUCACAAGGACAUUGGUCUCAAUAUCUUGUCACACAACAAGAAUCUGCUUGAUUUCACCGUUGAUCUGCCAUUACAUUCACGAUAUCCACGAUUGGAUGAAAGUGGUUACGUGGAAGUUAGAUUGAAGGCUCCAGACUUGUUUUUGCAGUGUAGUAUUCAGGAAAAACCACUCAAUAGGAGCUGCUUAUUUAAGUUGGAAACGGAUGAUGAAGAGGCAGAUCUUACAUGGUCGAUUCCAGCAGGUAAACGAUCUGAUGCUGGAAUUGUUAGCGUUGUUACCUUUGUUUCUGCUUUGGUAUCAGUACUAUGCAUUGUAUUUUCUACACAAGUUCGACAACCAAAGUUUUGAAGCAAUGUUAACUGAUUCAACAAUUCUUCUUCUCUAGAUUAUGUUAAGUCUUGAGUCUGCUCAAGAGAUGUAAAGAAACAAUCCAUUUUGGUUGGGAUACAAAUUUAUGUUCUUACGGUUCGAAGAAUGUUAGAAUUUAGUUAUUAUAAUUUUAAAAUGGUUGGAUACAAA